GGGUAACUUUAGAUUUGUGGUUUCCCACAAUCCUCCACUUCACGAAGCCGAACUUCCGGCAGUGACGUGUCGAGUCCGGUCCUUGCAAAACCGGAUGUUGGUGGCUGUGGGUGGCGUCAGCUUGGCCAGCUGCACAGUGGACCGCUAUCAGGACAGAGGUGUAACCGUGUAAAUGUGUCGUGAAGAGUGGGCUGGAGUGAACAUGGUGCUGUGGCUGUUCGGAACCGCGUUGCUGCUGACUCAAGCCGCCGGCUUCUACCUCCCUGGUCUGGCGCCCGUCAGUUUCUGUGAGCCCGGGAAAGACCAAGUCCCUGACUGUAAGUCAACCAUUGAGCUGUUUGUGAACAGGCUGGAUUCAGUGGAGUCUGUUCUGCCUUAUGAAUAUACUGCGUUUGACUUCUGCUCAGAGAAAACAUUGAAACGUCCAUCAGAAAAUUUGGGCCAGGUCCUUUUUGGGGAGAGAAUUGAACCCUCGCCAUACAAGUUUGAGUUUAAGAAACCUGCAGUGUGUCAGAAGGUGUGUACCAAAACGUAUGACACCAACAACCCAUCAGACAAAAACAAACUGGAUUUCCUCAAGAAAGGCAUGUUGCUGAACUACCAGCAUCACUGGAUUGUGGACAACAUGCCGGUCACCUGGUGCUAUGAUGUUGAAGAUGGACAGAAGUUCUGUAAUCCUGGUUUCCCGAUAGGCUGUUAUGUCACAGAAGCAGGUCGAUCCAAAGACGCCUGCGUGGUCAAUUCUAACUUUAAGGAACAGGAUGCUUUCUACAUCUUUAAUCAUGUGGACAUUACCAUCAGUUACCACAUUGUUGAGAAUGAACAACUCGGAGCCCGGUUGGUUGCUGCCAAGAUUGAACCCAAAAGCUAUGAGAACCCCAGUGAUGACACUCCUGACUGCUCUGGAGGACCAAAGUUCCUGAAAAACAAAUAUGAAGGAGUGUAUAAGAUCCCAUACACUUACUCUGUCAAUUUUGUGGAAGACAAAAAAAUCCGCUGGGCAUCCAGAUGGGACUACAUCCUGGAGUCAAUGCCUCACACCAACAUCCAGUGGUUCAGCAUCAUGAACUCGCUGGUGAUUGUGUUGUUCCUGUCAGGAAUGGUAGCCAUGAUCAUGUUGAGGACUCUGCAUAAAGACAUAGCCAGAUACAAUCAGAUGGACUCAGUGGAGGAUGCUCAGGAGGAGUUUGGAUGGAAGCUGGUCCACGGAGAUGUUUUCCGCCCUCCCAGGAAGGGGAUGCUGCUGUCAGUUUUCCUCGGCUCUGGGACCCAGAUCUUCAUUAUGACCUUUGUCACCCUCUUCUUUGCCUGUCUUGGGUUCCUUUCUCCGGCGAACCGUGGAGCUCUGAUGACCUGUGCUGUUGUUCUCUGGGUUCUUCUGGGAACUCCUGCGGGAUAUGUGGCCGCACGCCUCUACAAAUCGUUUGGAGGAGAGAAGUGGAAGACCAACGUUCUGCUGACAGCCUUCCUCUGUCCUGGGGUGGUGUUUGCAGACUUCUUUGUGAUGAACUUGAUCCUGUGGGGGGAGGGCUCUUCAGCGGCCAUGCCCUUUGGCACCUUGGUUGCCAUUUUGGCUCUCUGGUUCUGCAUCUCGGUGCCCCUCACCUUUAUAGGAGCGUACUUUGGCUUUAAGAGAGCAGGCAUCGAGCACCCAGUGAGGACAAAUCAGAUUCCUCGUCAGAUCCCGGAGCAGUCUUUCUACACAAGACCGUUCCCUGGAAUCAUCAUGGGAGGAAUUCUGCCUUUUGGAUGUAUAUUUAUUCAGCUCUUCUUCAUACUUAACUCCAUCUGGUCCCAUCAGAUGUACUACAUGUUUGGCUUCCUCUUCCUGGUCUUUAUUAUCCUGGUCAUCACAUGCUCUGAGGCGACCAUCUUGCUGUGCUACUUCCACCUCUGUGCUGAGGAUUAUCAUUGGCAGUGGCGUUCGUUCCUGACCAGCGGCUUCACCGCGGUCUAUUUCCUGGUUUAUGCCGUUCAUUACUUCUUCUCUAAGCUGCAAAUCACUGGACUGGCCAGCACCAUCUUGUACUUUGGUUACACCAUGAUCAUGGCGCUCAUCUUCUUCUUAUUCACUGGUACAAUCGGCUUCUUCGCCUGUUUCUGGUUUGUGACUAAGAUCUACAGCGUGGUCAAAGUGGACUGAAGGAUCCAAAGAUGCGACCGACUGUAUUUGACUGGGUGUUUUGUUUAGGUUUUCCUCCCAUCAUGCUUUGGAACCUUCAGUAUUGACUAAAUGAACUGAACACUCUCCUCCUCCUGCACUUUGUCGCCUCGGACACGUGACCAGCCUCGCUUUUCUUUGCUCGGUGUUUGAGCGUCGCUGACACCGGGUUGUUGUUUUGUACAUGUGCAUUAAUCUGAGUGAGAAGCAUCAUCACAGAGCCACAGUCUGACACACGGACAGACGCCAUGAGUCACACAAAUACAUCCUGAAUGUCUCUUCAGAUCUGGUUUGAAUCUUAUUUCAUGUUACAGCAGCGUGAGGACCGCACAGCAGGAUAGUUGCCUUAAAUGUAAAACGCUGAAAUGACUUUGAUGAAGGUUCUGUUCUAAUUUUAAGAUUCUUAAAAAUGUUCACUAAAAAGAUCAUUCUAAAUGAUCUUCAUGUUACAGCAGCGUGAGCAGAGUACAAGCCCUUUUCACUGCAGGAGCAGUCGUUAACUCAUCUGUUUAGAGCGGAGAAGCUAAAUGGAACUGCUCCAUCGUUCAUGUGAUGAUUUUCACUUUGUCUCUCUGUGAGCGGUCCAACAUUAACAGUCUUUGUUUGUUUGGUGAAUUUAAACUGUGGAGCUGAGCACCCGUGGUGGAGGUUUAUUAAUAACAUAUCAGUUCAUAUGUUGCUUAUAUUCUCCAUUUAAAAAUGUCACCUGGAAAUAAUGACGUCCUCAAACAAAAACGAUUUGAAUUAUUUCUUUGUGAAAUGGAGCAAAAAAACCCCCAGAAAAGAUUAACAUUUAACAAACUGCUGAUAAUUAUAUUAAACUGAAACACUCUAACAGAAUAAUCAGUCAUUGUGGCUCUAAAGUGCUAUGUUUUGUCCUCUGGUAACGGACAUGUGGUCACUCAUGUGGUCACUCAUGUGGUCACUCAUGUGGUCACUCAUGUGGUCACUGGAGACUUUGUACUUCACUGUCCACCUGUGACCAGAGCUCUCAGGUGUGAAUGGAGCUCAUGUUUUCAUUUGAAUUACAUGAUUUCUGUUCAGUACGUAUUUGAAGAAGCUCCAACACUGUGAUCUGUGUCUUGUCGCUUGUCGUCUCCAACUUGAAUUUAAAUUGGGUGACAGUGACAGUGGAUGGAAGAUGAUUACAUAUCUUUCUGGAUGAAGAGAUGAAUCUUCUGCUGAGCUUUACGUGCAGAGGCGAGAACAUGAAGAAUCCUCGUCAGUGACGUCGUUCUCAUCCAACCAAAAAAAAGCCACAGUCCAAACUCCUGCAAUUAUUACUUCCUGCUAAAGUUCUCAGAAACUCAGAAAAGUAAAGGUCAGAUUUCGAUUAAACUCACUGUGUGUGUGCGUUUAUGGCCCAAAGAAGAAAUGAUCACAUUUUGAUAGUGAUGCAGAUUCAAGAUGAAAAAAAAAGACUUCAUCUUGUGAGAUAGGGAGGUUUGACACGUUUUGUGAAUAAAGCUUUCAGAAAUAUCUGUUUUAUUUUAAGGAAAAAUAAAUAAAUAAAAAAUCAUGUCACUGUA